AUGGACGCAGCAGAAGCAGCAACAGCAGCAACAGGUGCUGCAGCAACGGCUGCAGCAGCAGCAGCAGCAGCUGCUGCUGCUGCAGGUCCAGCGACCGAAACCCUGCAGUCUUUGGUGCAUACAGAUGAGAACAUGCGGCCCGAGAACGCAGGCAGCAGCGCAGCAGCAGCAGCAGCAGCAGCAGUUGCUGCUGCAGCUGAUAAGAAGGCAGCAGGCUGUGCUGCUGCUGCUUCUGCAUCCUCGCCGGUAGAGAAGCAGCCAGCAGCAGCAACGCCAGCAGCAGAGGCGCCCGAGGCAGCAGCAGCGGGAGAAAAAACAGCAGCAGCAGCAGCAAGAGCAGCAGCAACAGCAGCAAAAGCAGCAGCAGCAGCAGCAGCAGCAGAUGAUGAUGAAGACGAAGAAGGACCACUUCCAGAAGAAGACCUGCGGCCUUCUGCUGACUAUUCCCUCGUGGCCAACGGGUGUACGUACACCUCAGCUCCUCACCUCUCCAGUCUUGCUCAACUGCUGCUUUCUUAUAUUUAUAUUUAUAUUUAUAUUUAUAUUUAUAUUUAUAUUUAUAUUUAUAUUUAUAUUUAUAUUCAUAUUCAUAUUUAUAUUUAUAUUUAUUUGUUUUAUUUGUUUUUAUUUUUAUUUUAUUUAUUUUUAUUUUGUUCAUGCUCUGGAGGUGCGGCCUCGGCAUGUCUCAUUGCGCUGGGGUGUACGUACACCUCGGCGCGUUGA